GCGGGCAGGAGCCGGGACGGCGGCGGGGGGGCCCGGGCGGCGGGCCCAGACAUCAACGCCCACCCGGUGCAGGGGUCGGGGGCGGGAGAGGGAGCAGAAAGGGCGGGAAUGUCCGUGAAGCCGGGAAAGGGGAAGCAGGAAGUAGGAGAGACGAGGGAUAGGAUGGGACGGGGUUAGGAGGAGACGGAUGGCCACCGCCAUGAUGGUCAAAGCCAACUGUUCCGGAGCGCCUGCUCAAUUCCCGCUGUCGUGGGAGAUUUUCCAAGUGCUCCGCGCCCAACUCUGGCUCUUCUUACCCCCGGCAGUCCUGGCCCUGCUGCAAGUGGGGCUCUUCCUGGAAGCCGUCGGCUUCUUCCUUCGCGGGCCUCUCCCCGCUCACCGCACCGGCCUGUGCCUCUGGAUCCUCGGUGUCUACCCGGUGAUCGGGGUCACGGCUGCCGUCGGCAUCUACGUUCCCCGCUCCUCGUUCGUCUGCAACUUCGUGGCCUCUCUCUAUCACUCCAUCACCCUGUGGAAGUUUCUGGAGCUGGUGCGGGAUCUUGCCGGGGGAGAAGCCCGGCUGCUCCGGCAGCUUCACGGCUCCCACGUGGCUCCCAAUCCUCCGCCCUGCUGCUGCUGCUGCUGCUGCUGCCCCAACAUCGCGAUCACCCGGACCAGCCUGCGCUGGAUGUCGCUGGCCGUGUUGCAGCUGUCUCUGGUCCGCACGGCCCUCUUCCUCGUCUCCCUCGUGCUCUGGACGGACGAGCAGUACGAUUACGGAGACGUGGGCUCCAGCAACCCCAACUCCUACUUCAACGCCCUGAUGGGCGCCUCCACCUUCCUCUCCUUCUACGGCUACCUGCUCUUCUACACGGCUUCGCGCCGCGCCCUGCCCGGCUUCCGCCUCCGUGCCAAGUUUAUCUGCAUCACCCUGGUGCUGGUGGUCUGUGGCCUUCAGAGCGGCGUGCUGGAGACCAUGGGAGCCUUGGGCGUCAUCCCCUGCAGCCCGCCUUUUUCCGCCCGCACACGCUCUCAGAUCAUCUACUACUACUCCCUGACAGUCGAGAUGUUCGGCAUCGGCCUCCUGGCCCGCUCCUGUUUCCGGAGGCUGGAGCCGGCCCCCCGAGAGGGCAAGCCGCAGGAAGAGGAGGGCGAGGCCAGGACGGAGGAGGUGGGGAGCGGUUCCCCCUGGCACACCUGGGCCUCCCCGAAGCCGGAGAGCAGGCCCCAGCGGGAGAGUCUGGGGGUGGCUGGGGACACUUGGGCCCCGAACCCCACCUUCCAGCUUGGAGAGGAGGGUCUGUGCCACAUUGAGCACACUCCGCUCCCCCAGGCCGGGGGGCCCGGAUCGCCGGCUGGAAGCUUGACAUUGGGGACGCUCCCCACCACCGUCCCAUCUCCCCUCCCCGCACCCCACCCUCCUGCCCCAACCUCUCCGGGGGCCCUGGAGACUCGGGCCUAGGUUCCCUCUCGAAGUCAUUGUGUUUGGAGACUGUAGAGCCUGGGGGCCCCAGACCCUCCAGUUUCUUAUUCCACCCCAGUUCCCAGGGUGGGCAGUCCCGGGCUUCCGACCCCCUGCCCACUGGACCAAAGGGCCAGCGCUGGAGUUGCUCCGGCAAACUGUGUGGGGGCCGCUCCCAGCCGCAAAUUUCCCUGGGAGCAGGGGCACAGGAUACAGGUUCCAGCUGCAAUAAAGCAACCGAGACCUUG